GAUAGUCGUCGCCCAACAAUCGCGAACGUCAACUCGAAGAGCAACGCCUCAAACUACACGAUCACGUCAGCAGUCCGGACAGUUGGUAAACUCGAAUCAACGAAUGACCACAACGCCACCGAGGAUCACAGCGAAAUCGACCGCCACGCCACCGACCAGAAGCACAACUAGAACGACGCGAGCGCUCGUGACAACACGGCCAUUGUAUUUCACUAUACCAGCCAAGAGUACGAAAGGUCAAAGUAACGCACCGUUGCGGGUGACUAUUCGAUCGCCAUAUCCGGCUACAACUACCAAGAAACACAUAACAAAUAUAACCACCCGGAAGAGCCCAUGGACCUUAAUGUACUACGGACCGAUGUUUCCUCUAAACUGGCCACCACAAUAUAACAGUACGAAUGGUACAACCGACUUGAGCGCAGAUAAUGCAACAUCGUCCGAUGUAACGCUUCUUGACGUCACUGAAGGGAUCGAAAACUUCGACAGCAAUUUUACCAGUGUGACGGAAAGCGUUGCUUCCGAAGAUGACGAAAACGAUAGAUCUUGGUCGGAACCGAACGCGAACGUGAUAGACGAAAACGAGAUCACGACGAAUGGCACCACUGCUACUGCUGCCUCUAGUACUACUUCUUCUACUACUACAACCGCUACCGCUACUGCAACUACAAGAAAGAAGCUGAAGCGUCGCAUAACUACGCAAGUGACAACCAGAGUUCUGCGGAAGCGUCUAAAAACUACGGUCGCCGGUUACCAGGCAUCUAAGAAAUGAGAAUGGAUUGAGCUAUGGGGAAAAAGCAGUACUCUGACUUGGUGUAUGUCUUCUCA